AUGGCAUUAUUGCAUUACGAGGUAGUUCUUGUGAAAACGUCUUAUUCAUUUGGUUUUCUCACUGUUUUAUUUUUAUUUUAUCUUCCAACACGACAUUAUUUUCUAUAUCCAUCUGCUUUUGAAAGAAUUUAUGAAUAUGUCAAAGUUGAUCAUCUCCAUUGUUUUUCCAGUACAAGACGAAGAUUUGUAAAGCAAAAAAGGGUCUCGGCAAACAAGAUUGAGAAGUUGUUAGAUGUUUUCCCUCAGGCUAUUUUUACUUCAGGAAGUAACAGCAGAGCUAGAGAAUUCCCUGGUGCAGCUUUAUUUUGUCUUUCAUUUACUCAAAAAGAUGUGAACAGAGUGUCAAAGGGAUUACAAGAUGUGCACAGUAAAUACAAGGAUGCCAUGGUGGAAAUAGCUGAGUCUCUUCAGCUCUCGAGAAAUAUUUUGGUAGCUUUACUCUCAUUGCAAUCAUGGAAAGCUUUUAUGCAAAGAUGGAUGAGGUCUUGCAUCACACUGCUUGAUGCUAAUUCGCAUUACACUGUAUUAGAUAGAACUUCGAAAGCUGCUAAUGAUAUUUUGAAGGUUAUAAGACAGACAGCAGAAGAAUCUAUCCCUAGAUCUGCUGAGAAUAUGGCUCUGGCUCUUGGGGCUUUUUGUUUGGUGCUGCCUGCUUCUGCACAUGCUGUGAAGUCGUCUGCUUCAAAGUUCCUGCUGGUUUGGCUGUUUCAGUAUGAGCAUGAAUGUCGCCAGUGGUCAGCUGCGAUUUCUCUUGGGUUGAUCUCAAGUUGCUUGCACGUGACUGAUCACAAACUGAAGUUUGAGAUUAUAAAUACACUCAUUGAGGUUGCAUCACUUAGCAAGAGCACCCUUGUAAAAGGAGCUUGUGGACUUGGAUUGGGUUUUUCAUGUCAAGAUCUUCUAACCAGGGUUGAUGCUGAAGCGAAUUUUCAGGACAAAGAAACACGGAAAAUGCAGGAAACUAAUUUAUUAAAAAAGAUUGUUAGGACCGUGCUUCUUAUGAUAUGUCAGUUUGCUGGCUUUUCAGUUGAUAUUUUGAAGAACCUAUCUGCAUGCUUUCCCCUUGGAACCAAUGACUUCAAUUCUCCUAACAUUAUUGAAUAUCAGAAUGAGAAUUUUGAUAAUCCGGAGGAUGAUAUAUGGGGUAUUUCUGGACUUGUCAUUGGUUUGGGGAAUUCUAUAGAUGCAAUUUACAGAGCCGGGACUCAUGACGCGGUUGUAUAUUUAAAAGGCCAAUUUAUUUCGUGGAUUCGACACGUAAACUCUCCUGUCUCUAAGUCUGCUGUCAGUGAAGCACGUGGGUUAUUUUUAUCGGUAGGAUCAUGUCUUGCACUACCAACUGUAGUGUCUUUCUGUCAAAGGGUAGAACUUAUUGACAAUACUGAGUUGGACUGUCUUCUGAGUGGCUUCAGGGAGCUAAUCUCUGAUCUAACAUCUGUUAAACGAUUUGAUACCUUCCACCAGAGCUUGUUGACAGCAUCUUGUGUAGGAGCUGGGGGGCUUCUUUCUAGCAUUUUGAAUGCAGGGUUACACACUAUAAAAAUCGAGCAUGUUAAAGAUUUGCUGACAUUGUUUAGAAGAAGUUACUCAAGUUCUCACCCUCCACUUAUUCAUCUAGGUGGAAUGCUUGGAGUUGUGAAUGCAAUAGGGGCAGGUGCUGGAACACUUGUUCAACAGCAUCCUCUAACCUCCUCAAACACUGCAGUCUUUAGAAAGCAGGAAUCUUCUUAUAUAACGGGGUCUCUAAUUCGAAAUCCUGACUUGGAGCCCGAGGUGACGUCAUUGAUUCAGGAGAUAUUUCUUGUUGCACAAAAUUCUGAUGACCCUCAACUACAGCAAUAUGCAGCAUGGGCAGUGUCAUUUCUAAGGCAUUCCAUGUUUUCUAGAGAACUUUCAAAUGAGGAAAGUGUUGUUAAUAAUGACCCUCGUGAUCUAAAGGCCCAAUCUCAAAGUUUUUCGGAGGACAGCGUGGUCAUGAAACUCUCUUCAUGGCUAAUGCAAAUGAGUUCUCAGGUUGCUUCCAGUACAAGCACAGUUGCAAGUGUUUUGAGUUGCUUGUCACGUGCUCCUAGGUUACCAUUAUUGGACUGGAGAGCAAUAAUUGGGCGGUGCAUGAAAUAUAAGGGUCUAGUUUCUCAGUCGCUUGCACCAGAUUCAGCCCUUCGGAAAGGAAUUCUCAGGGAGGAGUGUUUACUGUUCUUGAUAGCCCAUGCAAACCAAUCUGAUGCACUUCUCAGUUUCCUCGAUGAGCUAUCUGAUCUAGCCAGGUUCAAAACACUCGAGCCAAACCUGCAGUCAACUAUGCUCUUGCAUGUGGCAGACCUGAUAAAGAUAUUCUCCAGUUCUAGACUUGGGAAGCUCUUUGACGACUUGGCCGCCUUUUUACCUUGGUUUGCUUCUUCUGACCAGUACAACCAAGAACAGAAAAUCUCUUUACGGGUUUCAUGUUGGAAGGGUUUACACCUUUGUUUGAAUGAAUCCUUUCUCGAGACGCAAGAUUACACACCUAACUUGGAAAAUUGCAUGGAGGUUCUCUUUACUCUGUUGCCUUGGUCAUACUCUGCUGAUACUGCAGGAUCAUGCAAGUGGAAUUCUGAUACAGAAUGGAUUGAAGCAAUUAGAUGCCUCAGGAAGGCUCGACAAGGCUGGUUAUUGAAUCUUCUUUUGAUUUCAGAUGCAAAUUUCAUAGAGAACGGCCAUGCCAUCAAAAUUUUGAAGAAGAUUCAAGCGAAAGCCAGACUAGUUCGAAUUGGUGUCAUUUCAUUGAAUGAGCUCGGGAAAUUAAAAGCUCAUAUGUUGAGCAUUAGAACAGAAGCUAUCUGGGAUGUUCUUGUAGAAGUUGCAAUUACAGUGCAACAUGCCGAAGGAAGUGCCAGGAUUCAAUGGCUUAUUGAAACAGUGAAAAUAAGCUGUGUUACAAGUUAUCCUGCAACGGCUCUGCGGUUUCUUGGUCUAUUAUGUGGUGGCUGUUGUAAAUAUAAGACUGUCCUGAUUAUUGACCAAGUCAGUGUCUUGAGUGAUCUGCCCAUCACCCUUUCGUCUCUCCUUUCAGAAACCAGCUGGGGGGCAGUAGCAGAAUCUGUGGCAUCGGAUUUCUGGACAUCAACAGAACGAAUUUAUGAUUGGGUGAAACAUACAAAGGUUGGUGAUUAUUCGCCUAGUUCCCAACAUAUUGAUAGAAGUGAGAAUGAUAUGGCACCUUUCCUACUGCAAGUGAUGCGGGAAGCAUGUAUUUAUUUGAAACCUUACUUACCUCCGGAGAAGUUGCUUAGACUAGCUAACAUGGUUGUCCCAUGAAAUAGGUAUUAAAACAUCAAGUGAAUGUUUGGUAUGCACUACUAGAUAGAGUUAAGCAAUACAUAAGACAAGAUUUUAACUUAUGUUUUGUCUUCAAUAUUGUAUGAUAAUGUCUAACCCAGCUUACCAGAUCACAGGGAACGAUAUUGAGACAUCAAAAGGUAUUCGUCUGA